AUGGCCCAGUGGGAGCUCUCUCCUACUUCAGAUACAAACUUGGUCCAUUCCUUAAUGAAUCUCAUAGACUGUUUUAUGGAUGACUUUGCUGAUGAAAACAAACAAAAGGAAAGAAAUGACCAAGAAAGCUUCUCUUUGCUGGAGGGCAUUUUUCUGUUUUCAUUGAUCUGGUCUGUUGGUGCAACUUGUACAGAUGAUGAUCGUCUGAAAUUCGAUAAGAUUCUCCGAGAGCUAAUGGAAGGUCCAAUUUCAGAUGUAACUCGAAAUAAGUUUAAGUUACUGAGUGGUACUGAACAAACAUCCUCAAAGGCGUUUAUAGUGCCAUUUCCUGAGAAGGGAACAAUCUAUGAUUAUCAGUUUAUCCUGGAGGGCUUAGGAAGAUGGGAUAAAUGGAUAAAGAAAUUGGCAGAUACUCCUCCAAUUCCCAAAGAUGUACAGUUUAAUGAGAUCAUUGUGCCAACUCUCGACACAGUCCGUUACUCUGCUCUAAUGCAUUUACUGACCACUCAUCAAAAGCCUUCAAUAUUUGUAGGACCAACAGGAACUGGAAAGAGUGUUUAUAUCAUU